AAAAAUGCGCAACCUCGCUCCUCUGUCUGCUCUGUUCCACGCCGCCGGCGGCCCUUGCUCCUCCGUCCGCUUCUAUCCUCCCUCCCGCCCACUUCCUCCGCCCGCUCCUAUCCUCCGUGCGGUGCUCGUAUGGAAGGAAGAGAGAGGAAGGAAUGUAAGGCGGGCCGCGCGGUGUCGUGCCCUGUCGCCUAACGACGGAGGCGGCACCGUGAGCUGCUGCAUGCGGUGGGGCAUCCACGGAGCCGGCGAGUUGGGUCCAGCAGACUGCACCCGGCGGCGACCUGGGCAGCUCUUUCCACGGGGGUGGCGACCUGGGCGCCUCAAACCAUCCAAGUGCCAAGUAAGUUGGGUUUAGAGGUCAAAUUCCCCAUCCAAAAAACGCAAGAAAAAUGCCCGCGCGCCAACUCCGCCGCAGCAGCCACCACCUCACCGCCGCCGCCGUCACAAAAUCCCACGCCACCCUGCUCAAGUCCGGCGUCACCUCCCCGACGCCCUGGAACCAGCUCCUCACCGCCUAUUCCCUCUCCCCGCUCGGCCUCGUCGCCGCGCGCCAGGUGUUCGACCAAAUCCCCCGCCCAGACGCCGCCUCCUGGAACUCCCUCCUCACCGCGCACGUCUCGGCCGGCGCGCACCCCGAUGCGUCCCGCCUCCUCCGGGCCAUGCAUGCCCGAGGACUCGCCGCCAACACCUUCGCCCUUGGCUCCGCCCUCCGCUCCGCUGCCGCCGUGGGCUGCCUUGCUCUGGGCGCCCAGCUGCACUCGCUCGCCGUCAAAGCCGGCCUCGCCGAUAAUGUCUUCGCUGCGACCGCAUUGCUUCAUAUGUAUGCAAAAUGUGGCCGGACGAGGGACGCUCGUUGGGUGUUCGAUGGAAUGCCGGAGCGGAACACUGUUUCUUGGAACGCACUCAUUGCCGGUUAUGUGGAGUCUGGGAAGGUUGCUCCAGCAGUUCAGCUGUUUGUUGACAUGAAGAGGGAGGGGUUACUUCCCGACGAGGCAACAUUCGCUGCAUUGCUCACAGUGGUCGAUGAGUCCACUUGCUUCUUGAUGCACCAGCUGCAUGGGAAGAUUGUCAAAUAUGGAUCGGCAUUGGGCUUGAUAGUGUUGAAUGCAGCAAUCACUGCCUACUCGCAAUGUGGUGCCCUGGUGAAUUCUAGAAGGAUCUUUGAUGAAAUUGGGGACAGAAGGGAUUUGAUCUCAUGGAACGCAAUGCUUGCAGCUUACGCUUCCCAUGGGAUGGAGCAUGAGGCGAUGAGAUUCUUUGCUAGCAUGAUGCGAACGAGUGGAGUUCAGCCUGACAUGUAUAGUUUCACAAGUAUCAUAAGUGCGUGCGCAGAGCAUCGUGACCAUGGAGGGACAGUAAUUCAUGGUUUGGUGAUCAAGAACGGCUUCGAAGGAGUCACGCCUAUUUGCAAUGCUCUAAUUGCCAUGUACACUAGAUUUGGUGAGAACUGCAUGAUGGAAGAUGCAUAUAAGUGCUUUGAUUCCUUGCUGCUUAAAAACACCGUCUCCUGGAAUUCUAUGUUAACUGGGUAUUCACAGCACAGUUUGAGCGCUGAUGCCUUGAGAUUCUUCAGAUGCAUGCAGUCAAAAAAUAUUAGAACUGACGAGUUUGCAUUCUCUGCUGUCCUGCGUUCAUGCUCAGACCUUGCUUUACUUCGGCUAGGUAGACAAAUACACGGUUUAGUCAUCCAUUCUGGCUUUGCUUCCAACAAUUUUGUUUCCAGCUCGCUGAUCUUCAUGUAUUCUAAGAGUGGCGUUUUGGAUGAUGCAAUGGAGUCUUUUGAGGAGGCAGAUAAGAGUAGCUCUGUGCCAUGGAACUCAAUGAUGUUUGGUUAUGCGCAGCAUGGACAGGUGCAAGCCGUGCGCAGCCUCUUCAAUGAGAUGCUGAAGCUUAAGGUUCCUUUGGAUCAUAUCACAUUUGUUGGCCUGAUUACUGCCUGCAGUCAUGCUGGUCUUGUACACAAAGGUUCAGAAAUCCUCAAUACGAUGGAAAUUAGGUAUGGAAUUCCUCUUCGGAUGGAGCAUUAUGCAUGUGGCAUUGAUCUGUAUGGGAGGGCUGGGCAGCUUGACAAAGCAAAAGAUCUUAUUGACCGUAUGCCAUUUAAACCAGAUGCCAUGGUGUGGAUGACCCUAUUAGGUGCUUGCAGAAUCCAUGGGAAUAUGGAACUUGCAAGUGAUGUGGCCAACCAUCUAUUGGAGGCAGAACCUAGACAGCACUCCACCUAUGUUCUCCUCUCGAGCAUGUAUUCUGGUCUUGGGAUGUGGAGUGAUAGAGCAAUCGUGCAGAAGGAAAUGAAGAAUAAAGGAUUAAGCAAAGUCCCUGGUUGGAGCUGGAUCGAGGUGAAGAAUGAGGUGCACUCUUUCAAUGCAGAGGAUGGGUCGCACCCAAGGAUGGAGGAAAUAUAUGAGAUGUUGAGUUUGUUGCUUCACAAUUUUCCCAUGCAGCUGCCGCAUCUAGAAACAAGUGGAGCCAUGGACUGCUAACUAUCAAAUUAUGGGCAUUAACCAGCCAGCCCCUGUUGGAGAUGGUUGAGCACACUUCUCUUGUACAUUCUGUGGAUGCACAUUCAUUUUCUCUGAUUGCUAGUGGCAGUGAAGACCUACCUCUCUGUCAAUAUAUGGAAAGGUGAGUGUCAAGGGUGCAGUUACGAUUACCAUUACUUUCUCUUGUUUUUGAGGAUAGUACUUGUUCGGAUUCAUAUAAAUUAGUGUUGCAGGAAAGGGAAAAAUUAUUCUGAAGGUGCAAAACAGUGAUUUCUUUUUAUUCAAGUAUGUAGCAGAUUGCAGAUUAAGUGCUUCAUGUACUUCGUUCUAUAAUGCAGAUGGGAUCUGUGUUUAAAGCAUUGAGCACCUAGGUUGCAUGUGUGGAUGUGAUGCUAAAUUCUUGGAAAAUGGAGAUGGUGUAAGUGCAUGUUCUGAUCACUGAAAAAAGAACAGCGCGCUAUAACGCCGCUAAUAGCAAUGCUAUAACGUGCUGAGAAUCAUCUCGCUAAAUAAAUCAGUGUACAACGCCUCGCUAAUAGCACGCUAUAGCGCGAUAUAACACACUAAUAGCAUAUUUUAAGGCUGGCACUAUAUUUUUCCUUCUGAUGGAAUUGUGAGGGUAUGGACAACCAACCAUAAUAUGGUUCUGCAGUGAUGAAGAAUGUGCAGCUUAUACACAGAUCUUUUUUCUCAGCACACAGUUAGCAGUGACCGUUUAAAAGCAAGGAACAGCAAAGGUAUUCCAGCUAAGGGAGAGAGACAAUGCUAGCCAGAAGAUCAUUAUGAAAAAAAUGGUCUUUCAGCUUCAUUCUAUUUUGUGAGGUGGAAGGGAAGCCUCCUUCCUGCUGGUUGGAGCUUUUCAAUGCUAUUUUGAUGCCACAACAUGAACUGCAAUUCAACAUUUAUGUACUUUUGGCAAAGACAAGUUCAUGUACUCUGUAUUUAGUCGAGCUUGUGUCUUAAACAAGUCAAUGUAGCAUAGCUGCAUGGUGAGUACAUUUGACUGAAGAAUUCGCAAACAUAAUGGCAGGGAUUCCUUCAUUUUUUA